AUGCGCUCUAUACUCUGCCCCAACUCUGAGCCUUGCAUUAUGGAUGGAUGGUGCGGUAUUUAUGAAUGGAUCUAG